AUGACCGAGGGCGGCUCUGCCCCCAGUGUCCCUGCUCAGUCUGGCGGUGUUGUUCCCUCUGCUCCCGCUCAGUCCGGUGCUCCUGCUCCUAGCGGUGGUGUCGUUCCCUCGUCUCCUGCUCAGUCUGGUGCCCCCGGUGCUCCCUCCGGUGGUGCUAGCGUCCCUGCUGUCCCCACUGCUAGCGUCCCCGAAGGUGCCAGCGCUGGUGCCUCCACCACCCCCUGCGACACCCUCACCGGCCAGACUGUUGUUCCCGUUGCUACUAUGACCGAGGGUGGCUCUGCCCCUAGUGCUCCUGCCCAGUCUGGUGCUCCUGCUCCCUCCGGUGGCGCUCCUGCCCCCAGCGGCGGUGUCGUUCCCUCCGGUGGUGCUAGCGUCCCUGCUGUUCCCACUGCUAGCGUCCCCGAGGGCGCCAGCGCUGGUGCCUCCACCACUCCCUGCGACACCCUCACCGGCCAGACUGUUGUUCCCGUUGCUACCAUGACCGAGGGCGGUUCCGCUCCCAGUGCCCCUGCUGAGUCUGGCGCCCCUGGUGCCCCCAGCGGUGUCAGCCCCUCCGAGACCCCUGCCGCUCCCGCUCAGUCUGGCUCUGGCAACGCUCCCAGCGGUGGCUCUCCCGCCCCCAGCGGUGGUGUCGUCCCCUCCGGCGCUGCUAGCGUCCCUGCUGUUCCCACUGCCAGCGUCCCUGAGGGCGCCAGCGCUGGUGCUUCCACCACUCCCUGCGACACCAUCACCGGCCAGACUGUCGUCCCUGUCGCUACCGAGACCGUGACUCCUGUCCCCGUUGCCACCUCGGCUACUGAGGGCGGUUCCUCUCCUCAGAUCACCACCGCUCCCGUCGCUGGCUCCGGCUCCGGUUCCGGCUCUGGCUCUGAGACUGAGGUGGUUACUGUCACCGUCACUGCUACUGUGAGCGUUUCGGCUUGCGACUGGUAA